AUGGCUCCAGGCUUGGAGGCUGAGGUUGAUGAUCGCCUCAAAGACGUGAUACAAGACCUUUACGAAAUUCAAUCGUCCAUUCACGGCUACCUCGGCCCAGAAACCAAGCAGGUCCUCAUUGGCAAGAUCCACGAUUUGACGGCAUCGCUCCAGACCCUCUCUGCUACCUCCGCUGGCCUGCCGACCCUAAUCCCCCCCGAGAUUAUUGAUUAUGUCGAAGAAGGGAGGAAUCCAGAUAUCUAUACACGGGAGUUCGUUGAACAAGUGCAGAAGAUCAAUAUGAUAUUGAAAGGCAAGAGUGAGGCAUACAGGACUUUCCGGGAUAUGCUUGCAGAGGAGAUUGUAAAGGGCGAAGUGGGCACUCAGGAGGAGGUGGAUCAGAUACUGGAAAGCUAUGUUGGGGAAGAGGAAGGCGAAGAAGUCAAGCAGGAGAGCUGA